AUGAGCAGCAACGAAAUUCCAGAUAGCAAUGAAGAAAAGAUUAAUUUUGCUAAAAAAUUAAAGGAAGAAGGAAAUGAACAUUUCAAGAAGGGCGAAUAUUUGAAGGCCAUCAAACAAUACAAGACAAUCUUUCUCUAUGUAACUGGACUUGAUUCGAAUUUAAUGUCUGUUAUGGGCGGAAACAUGAUGAAGGGAGCCUCUUCUGGUCAAAGUCUCUCAGAAACUGAGCAACUCCAAGUUCUUGCCAGUUUGAACCUUUCACAAUGCUAUUUGAAAUUGAACAAAUAUGAACAAGCUCUUGAUUAUGCUCAAAGAGCCUUGAAAUUGGAACCAUCAAAUACUAAAGGUCAUUUACGUAAAGCUUUAGCCCAUGUUGGACUUGGAGAUAUUGACAAUAGUGAAAGAGAAUUGGAAUUGGUUUCAAAAGAAAUUCCAAAUGACCCACUUGUCAAACAAGCUUACUCAAAAUUGGAAGAAUUGAAGAAACAAUACAAGGUCAAGGAAAAGAAAAUGAUGAUGGGAAUGUUUGGAAAGGGAUUAAGUGAUCAAUAA